GCCGGGGGGGCGCCGGGCGGCGGCCGCCCCGGGACGAUGAAGCGGCAGAACGUGCGCACGCUGGCGCUGAUCGUGUGCACCUUCACCUACCUGCUGGUGGGCGCCGCGGUGUUCGACGCGCUCGAGUCGGAGCCCGAGCUGCUGGAGCGCCAGGCGCUGGAGCAGCGGCAGCAGAAGCUGCGGGCCCGCUACAACCUCAGCCAGGGCGGCUACGAGGAGCUGGAGCGCGUCGUGCUGCGCCUCAAGCCGCACAAGGCGGGCGUGCAGUGGCGCUUCGCCGGCUCCUUCUACUUCGCCAUCACCGUCAUCACCACCAUCGGCUACGGCCACGCGGCGCCCAGCACGGACGGCGGCAAGGUGUUCUGCAUGUUCUACGCGGUGCUGGGCAUCCCGCUGACGCUCGUCAUGUUCCAGAGCCUGGGCGAGCGCAUCAACACGUUCGUCAAGUACCUGCUGCACCGCGCCAAGCGCGGGCUGGGCAUGCGGCGCGCCGACGUGUCCAUGGCCAACAUGGUGCUCAUCGGCUUCUUCUCGUGCGUGAGCACGCUGUGCAUCGGCGCGGCCGCCUUCUCCUACUACGAGCACUGGACCUUCUUCCAGGCCUACUACUACUGCUUCAUCACGCUCACCACCAUCGGCUUCGGCGACUACGUGGCGCUGCAGAAGGACCAGGCGCUGCAGACGCAGCCGCAGUACGUGGCCUUCAGCUUCGUCUACAUCCUCACGGGCCUCACGGUCAUCGGCGCCUUCCUCAACCUCGUGGUGCUGCGCUUCAUGACCAUGAACGCCGAGGACGAGAAGCGCGACGCCGAGCACCGCGCGCUGCUCACGCGCAACGGCCAGGCGGGCGGGCUGGGGGGCUUGGGCGGCGGCGGCGGAGGGGCGAUCGGAGGGCCGAUCGGGCUGGGCUCGGGCCUGGGCGCGCUCGCGGGCAGCAGCGGGUGCGGGAGCAGCGCCCAUACCACGGACACCGCCUCGUCCACGGCGGCCGCGGCGGCUGCCUCCUCGGGAGGCGGCUUCCGAAAUGUCUAUGCCGAGGUGCUGCAUUUCCAGUCCAUGUGCUCGUGCCUGUGGUAUAAGAGCCGCGAGAAGCUGCAGUAUUCCAUCCCCAUGAUCAUCCCGCGGGACCUGUCCACGUCCGACACGUGCGUGGAGCACAGCCACUCGUCCCCGGGAGGAGGCGGAGGCGGCCGCUAUAGCGACACGCCCUCGCGCCGGUGCCUGUGCAGUGGCGGUGGGGCGCCCCGAUCGGCCAUCAGCUCCGUGUCCACGGGCCUGCAUAGCCUGUCCACCUUCCGGGGGCUCAUGAAGCGCCGGAGCUCCGUGUGAUCGCCCCUCAGCCCCACCCCAGGGUUCUGGGAAGAUGGGGAGGGCGAUCGCGGGGCAGUCCCCCCUUUCCUGGAGGAGCUGUGCUGUCACCUUGGGAUGAUAUUGGGGACACCUCUCCUGGGCUCCCCACCCGUCCUCCCUGCGUGCCCACCUCCCAUCUCCGACUGUGCCAGCUCGCACCAGCCGGCAGGUGCCCUGGGCUCUGAAGACAAGACUGCACCCAGCCCAGGAGCUCCCCCCACCUCAUCCUUGCCCUGCAGAGUCCAAUAAAUGUGAAAUUUGUGGGGCGCAGGGGUUAGAGUGGGUGG